UAGCAGAAUAGCCGUAUUUUCCAAACAUUGCUUAUUUCUAACGAAAAGUUUUGUAAUCUAAAAACAGAAAUAUCAGUUAGAAGAGUCGUAUAUUAAAAAUAAAUGGAUCAUUUUAAAACACAGUACGGACAUUUUUUUCUUAUUUUCGAAAUUCUGGAAAACUGCCAAAGGUUAUUACCUAUGUAUGUGGUUAGCUCACGGGCAUAGCGUGGUCACUGUUCUCUAUCAAUCAGUCACUCAUUAUAUCAUAUUUAAAGGCUACUCAAUCGAGUAAAUAAAUAUGGAGGCGACAGAAAAUGAAACAGGACAACGCAAAUAUUACAGCAGUGGUCAACCUUUCCGUUCGAAAAAGUGUAAUUUUGACAGAUUCAUACCGUAUCGUCCGAAUUUGGAUAUAAACACGUCACAUACAAAAUUACUGUCUCCAGUGAAACAUUCACAGAAGGAACCCGGACAAUACAAGGAUAAACAAAAAGUGUUUUAUAACAAAUUAUUAUCUGGUGCAUUCGAUUCAGAGGAACCUAGAAUUCUACCAACGAUACAAAGAAAUGAUUCGGGAUAUUCAAGUCCAACCACACCACUACACUCCCCAUUUUUUGAUUCCACAAUGGACAAAGUGUUUGGUUCCCCUGAAUGUAAAGAAGACAGAAGACGUGUUGUUACCUCUCCAUCAUGUAUCAUGGAUAUGCCUUGUUUAAGGAACGAUUUUUAUACAAAUGUGUUAGACUGGGGUUCUACAAACCAGAUAGCAGUAGCGUUGCAACACAUAACAUACAUAUGGAACGCCGAUACUAAACGGUGUAUACAGAUAGAAGUAAAGUCCGGAGAUGUAGACAAUUAUUACGUGUCUUCUCUUUCCUGGAACCCAGGAGGGAAACUUGUAGGGAUAGCUGAUAACAGUGGAGAAGUCAUGAUAUGUGACCCAGAGCAAGCCAAAAUAAUACAACAAACACCACUGAAAUGUAACGCGCCUGUUGGGGUCAUGCGGUGGACACAGAAUGGCAUAUUCUGUGGCAACAGAAACGGAUCAAUUGUAUUACUGGAUCCUCGAACCCCCAAUAUGGUGGUGGCUGAAUUUCUGGGACAUAAAAGAGAGGUCUGUGGACUAGAAAUAGCAGACGGUACAAAUUACAUGGCUAGCGGAGGCGAUGAGGGAAUAGUUUACAUUUGGGAAUUGAGAACAAUAAAAUGUUACAGAGAAAUCAACGCUCAUUCUGCAUGUUCAAAAGCUUUGUCUUGGUGUCCAUGGAGGAAAAGCGUCAUAGCUACGGGCGGUGGGUCCAGUGAUGGGUAUAUCAAAUUGUGGCAUGUGCAUACGGGAGAAAAAAUGGCCGAAAUAUACACGAAAUCACAGAUUUGCAGUCUGUUGUGGUCAGAAAAUUAUAGGGAGUUAGCAUCAGGACAUGGGUCAAUGAAAGCCGAUGAUAAUGAUAUAAUUCUGUGGAGAAUGAACCGGUUUGAGUUUUCUCCCUUGGCAAGAUUGAGUCAACACUUAGGACGACCCCUCCAUAUGUCACUGAGUCCCGACAAAACAACAGUUGCUUCUGCUGGAGCUGACGAGGCAUUGUGUUUAUGGCAGUGUUUUCCGGCACAAAGACGGAAUGGACGUGAUGGGAGAGACUCGUCACCAUUGGCAUUAGGAAGAAGUAUAAGAUGAACUUUGUAUAGAUAUAAAUGGAAAUAAAACAACCUUUUUGAGACACAAAGAAGAAAUGGGAGAAUGGAAAUGUUGACAAGAAUUGUUUUUCAUUUCGAGUUAAUUUUAAUACUUCUAUUGUUAAAACAUGUUUUUCCUUCCUGCUCAUUCAUGUUAUUUACGAAAUUUUGACAAAAGCUUAUUCUGUUCAACAACUGUUCUUAUUCCAAAUACUGACAAUGUUACUUCUAAUUUUCCCGUAUUGUACUGAUAAAUGGACUAAUUUUUUUUAUUGAUAGCCGACUUUUUGAUACAGUGUAAACUUACCUUUUUUUAGACACAAAUUUCGUUGUGAAAAAAAACCCCAUGGACUUUACCCAAACCUGGAGAGAAACGUCUUUUUUUUUUAUCACGUGACAGUAUUAAGAGCCAAAUUUGGAACAAAAAUAUUAGUCUUCACUUUUAAUUCUUACUAUAAUAAUUUAACUUAAUUGUUUAACAGUUAACAUACAGUCUAGGUUUAAUAUAUUUUACACAUCCGAUGACAGUCAAACCUUCGUUACCAAAUGAAGCUUCUUCAUGAUGAAACAACAGUAUCUAGAACACAGUUUCAUAUUUUUGUGCAAAGUGGACUUGUUUUUUGACAGUCAAAAUUACACUUUACACCAAAACCAGUAAUCAUGCGCGAGUCAUUGGGUUUCGUCGACACCAUUACGAGCUCAACUUACGGGAAAAUACUGGAAUCAAUCACACCACAUCUUAUUAAAUAUACAAUUACACGUUGUAUUUCAUAUUUGACGGUUGACGUUGUGUGCCAAAAUUAGGGCAAAUUAUCAUCACAUACAAUAAUACUGAAGUAAAUAAUUUCAAAAAGCUUAAAAUGAUGUUUUUAGGCACACCAAGCAACAGUAAGUUUAUCCAUUUUUCUAACAGAUACCAAUUGUUGUCAUUCGAAUAUGUACCAAAAAAACCUACUAUGUAUUACAGUCGACACUUACUACCUGUUAUUUCUACAACGGAAUGUAUUUAGGUUGCAUACUUACCUAAUACAUACAAAGAAAUAUGAAGAAAGUAUACGUUGUUUAAAUCCUGUAUAUCAUCUUGCCACGUGACAUUAAGCAAGUAAUAACCAACGAAUCAAGUACCAUGUAAUUUAUUUAGAAUUAUAUGUAUACUGUUAUUUUAUUAACAUUACAACUGAUUUUGCAAUGUUUCAAUGAUUAUAUAUAUGAUAUAUUUACUAAGUAUAUUUUACAAUUGUUAUGUGGUAAUUUUUUUUACUUUAUGUUGGCUGUUUC